GUCUCCAGCAGCAUGGCGGCGCGUGAGCUCCAGCAUACGUAACAGAAAGAGCGAGAAUAUCUGACGGGGGUGGGGGGGCAAAUUAACGGCCGUUACCGUCCCCCCCCCGGAUCGACAGAGCGAGAGAUGGAUGGAGUACACCUGGAAUUCCCGGCUUUACCGUCUUCCAGGGAAGACGCGGGGGAUUGGAUAUAUCCAAUGAGACGUGCGAUGCAGGAGAUACUACCUGGCUUGUAUUUGGGGCCGUAUUCUGCUGCUAUGAAAAGUAAGCUUCCUAUUCUUGAGGAAAAUGGAAUAACUCACAUAAUAUGUGUACGGCAGGAUAUCGAGGCAAAUUUCAUCAAGGCAAAUUUCCAAGAGAAAUUUAGAUAUUUAGUUUUGGAUAUUGCUGACAAUCCAGUGGAGAAUAUAAUACGAUAUUUCCCUGUGACAAAAGAAUUCAUUGAUGGAUGCUUGGAAAAUGGAGGGAAGGUUCUUUUGCAUGGAAAUGCAGGUAUUUCUCGAAGUGCAGCCUUGGUGAUAGCAUAUAUUAUGGAAACAUUUGGUGUUAAGUAUAGGGAUGCCUUUACAUAUGUUCAGGAAAGAAGAUUUUGUAUUAAUCCAAAUGCUGGAUUUGUCCAUCAGCUGCAGGAGUAUGAAGCCAUUUAUUUAGCAAAAUUGACAAUAAAGAUGAUGUCACCACUUCAACUGGGCAGAUCAGUUUCUGCACAAGGAACCUUGAAAAGAAUGCUGGAUGAUGAUGAUGAUAUUUCAAAUAUGCAGGUGGCUGCAGUCCAUGAUGGGUAACCUGUAACUACUCCAUUAAUUAUAAUGGACAUGAUUACUGUACUGUCUCAAACAGUGAAUAAAGGAUGAGAAGUGUUAUGGGAUAUUUAAGAUUAUGAAUACUAAAAACUUAGUUGGCAAAAUUUACUUUCUUUCCAUUUCUUGUCUUGCUACUUCUGAGGAAGUAUGCUAAAAUGGAGAACUUGCCCUUUCAUAUGAGAACAACCUGGAGCACUAGAAUCUCUUAUGAAAAUAUUAAAAUGACCAGGAACAGCACAGCACAACACAUUUUUGAUGGAUUUUGAAGUCUUCAUAUGCUAAUUAUUUUACAUUUUUACCAAUUGCAGUUUUGACAGUUAAUAAGUAUGCAUGUGCUAAGACAUGGAUGCACUUUUGAUACUUGAAUUUUGAUUGUAUGAGAGUUUGAUAGGGAAAUAAUGCACUGUGUGCUUGAUGUCAGACCCAUACAUGCAAUUUGUUACAAAGUGUUAAUCUUUGAGUGUAAUUUAUUAAAACUUUCAAUAAAAAAAGUUUGAUUAA